UCCCACAACCCAAUACCCCUGGCGCCAAAUAUUUGAAAACCGGUAAAAACGACAACCAUGAUCUCCACCACCUCUUUCACCUCUCUCUCGCCGCCGCCUCCUCCUUCGACCACCGCCUCUCACCCUCCUCCCUCAGUCGACAGAUUCGCUUUCCUGCUCGACAAUUCCAGGUCCAUCACCCGCCUUCUCCAAACCCACGCCUCUCUCCUCCGCCAUGGAUUCCACGACCACCCCAUCUUGAACUUCAAGCUCCAACGCUCCUACGCCGCUCUCGGCCGCCUCGACUACUCCGUCGCUCUCUUCCGCCGAACCCCACGUCCCAAUGUCUUCUUCUGGACCUCUCUCAUCCACGCCCACGCCCAGUCUGGCCUUCACGACCAGGCACUUUUGUACUAUGCCGAAAUGCUGACCCAAGGUGUUGAUCCGAAUUGCUUUACUUUUUCCACGGUUUUGAAAGUCUGCUCGCUUGAGCCGGGCCGAGCCCUCCAUUGCCAAGCGAUUAAGCUCGGGUUUGACUCCGAUUUGUAUGUCAGGACGGGUCUUGUUGAUGUUUAUGCGAGAGCCAGGGAUGUUUGGUCCGCGCAACAUUUGUUCGACACAAUGCCUGAGAGGAGUUUGGUUUCUCUGACAGCGAUGAUCACUUGCUAUGCGAAGCAUGGGAAGGUUGAUGAGGCCCGUGCGUUGUUUGACAGAAUGGGGGAUAGAGAUGUGGUGUGCUGGAAUGUGAUGAUUGAUGGGUAUGCUCAGCACGGGAUGCCGAACGAGUCACUGUUUCUCUUUAGGAAAAUGUUGGCGGCAAAAGUUAGGCCUAAUGAAGUGACGGUUUUAGCUGUGCUCUCUGCUUGCGGUCAGAUUGGAGCGCUGGAGUCCGGUAGAUGGCUUCAUACUUACAUGGCAAAUAACAGGAUCCAAAUAAAUGUUCAUGUGGGGACUGCCUUGAUUGAUAUGUACAGCAAAUGUGGUAGUUUGGAGGAUGCUCGUCUAGUUUUUGAUAGGAUCCGGGACAAGGAUGUGAUUGCUUGGAAUACAAUGAUUGUGGGUUAUGCAAUGCACGGAUUUAGCCAAGAUGCUUUGCAACUAUUCAACGAAAUGUGCAGGAUUGGGUACCAGCCUACCGAUAUAACCUUCAUCGGGGUUUUGAGUGCCUGCGCUCAUGCUGGUUUGGUCAGCCAGGGCCAGGAAUUUUUUGGUUUAAUGAAAGACGAGUACGGGAUUAAACUGAAGGUUGAGCAUUAUGGCUGCAUGGUAAAUCUUCUCAGCCGCGCAGGGCAUCUAGAAGAAGCAUACGAGCUCAUUAAAAACAUGGACAUCAAUCCUGAUCCCGUCCUAUGGGGAACCUUACUUGGUGCCUGUAGACUCCACGGCAAUGCUGCACUAGGGGAAGAAAUUGCGGAAUUUCUUGUCAGCCAGGAUCUUGCGAAUUCGGGAACGUACAUUCUUCUCUCUAACAUAUAUGCGGCAAGCGGAAACUGGGAUGGGGUGGCAAAAGUGAGGACGUUAAUGAAGGAGAGUGGGAUUCAAAAGGAGCCUGGUUGUAGCUCAAUUGAAGUGAAUAACAAGAUACACGAAUUCCUUGCUGGGGAUAAGAGACACCCAAAGAGCAAACAAAUAUAUAAGAUGUUGGAGGAGAUAAAUGAUUGGCUCAAGGCUAAUGGUUACACCCCACAAACAGAUAUUGUUCUGCACGAUUUGGGAGAGAGGCAAAAAGAGCAAUCCUUGGAAGUUCACAGUGAGAAGCUUGCGAUUGCGUUUGGGUUAAUCAGUACUAAACCCGGAACCACAAUAAGGGUUGUUAAAAACCUCCGAGUUUGCCCGGACUGUCAUGCCGUGACCAAGCUGAUAUCGAAGAUCACGGGACGGAAAAUCGUAAUGAGGGACAGAAACCGGUUUCACCAUUUUGAGAAUGGUUCAUGCUCAUGUGGAGAUUACUGGUGACCUGUAACUAUCAAUUCAUGUAUUGCAAAUUCUUCAUGAACUUCAUGCUACUAUUCGUUAUUCUUUCUAUGCCAGUUUAACACAAUGACUAUC